AUGGUUUGGGAUUGUCAAGGCAGUAAAAGUCCUGGACCAGAUGGCUUCAACUUCAAAAUUAUAAAAUCCUUUUGUAGUGUUGUAAAAGAUUAUAUAUGGUGUGCUCUUCAUGAAUUCCAUGAAAAAGAAAAGAUACCUCAAGGGGCAAAUGCUUCAUUCAUUGCUUUGAUUCUGAAAUUGGAGGAUCCACAAGGUCUUGGGGAUUUUAGACUGAUCUCCCUUAUUGGAUGCAUGUAUAAGAUUAUGGCAAAAGUGUUGGCCAAGAGGUUGAAAGGGGUGGUACACAAAGUUAUUGAUGAAGGGCAAUCGACGUUUGUUGGUGGUAGGAACAUACUUAAUGGAGUGGUUAUUGUGAAUGAGUUGGUGGAUGAAGCCAAGAGGAAAAAGAAACUAAUGGCUAUCUUCAAGUUGGACUUUGAAAAGACAUAUGAUUCGAUGAGGUGGAAAUUCCUAUAUUAUAUCAUGAGGAGGAUGGGCUUUUGUGAGCGGUGGAUCAAAUGGAUUAAGAGUUGCGUAAAAUCCACAUCAAUGUCGGUUUUGGUGGAUGGUUGCCUAACGGAAGAAUUUUAUAAUGAAAAAUGA